CCGCCAAUUAUUAGCUGCCCACCUUAGAUACGCAUAGUAGUCUCCUCUUGGCCGCUAGCUAUCCUACAGGUUGCUUUUACCCCGCCUCCCCCCAAUCGACACCAUGUCUGGCAUGAACGGCAACCAACCGGAGGGCGAGAAGGUGAACACUCACAUCGUCACCUUGACUCGCUUCCUCACGGAAGAACAAGUUAAACACCAGGAGGCCACCGGAGAUUUCACACUUCUUUGCCACGCGCUGCAAUUUUCCUUCAAGUCAAUCGCCUACUACAUCCGCCGCGCGACCUUGAUAAACCUGACAGGCCUCGCCGGCUCCUCCAACACGACGGGCGAUGAACAGAAGAAACUCGAUGUGAUCUCCAACAGCCUAUUCAUCGAGGCCAUGCGGUCAAGUGACAAGUGUGCGCUACUCGUCUCGGAAGAGGAAGAGGACGUCAUCUACUUCAGGGACAGCAAGUAUGCGCGGUACGCCGUGGCCUGCGACCCCAUCGACGGCUCCUCGAACCUGGACGCCGGCGUGUCGGUUGGCACCAUCUUCGCCGUCCACAAGCUGGCGGAGGGGUCCAAGGGCACCAAGGAAGAUAUCCUCAAGCCUGGCACGGAACUCGUUGCGGCUGGGUUCACCAUGUACGGCGCCUCGGCCCAGCUGGUCAUCACCAUGAAGGGCGGCAGCGUCAACGGGUUCACGCUGGACAACGGGCUCGGCGAGUUCAUCCUGACGCACCCGGACAUGAGGCUGCCGAAGAAGAGGGCCAUCUACUCGGUCAACGAGGGCAACUCGCUGUACUGGGAGGACCACGUCAAGGAGUACUUCAACUCGCUCAAGGCCCCGUCGGAUGACGGGAAGCCGUACAGCGCCCGGUACAUUGGCAGCAUGGUCGCCGAUGCGUACCGCACCCUCCUCUAUGGCGGCAUCUUCGCCUAUCCCGCCGACAAGAAGAGCCCCAAGGGCAAGCUGCGCAUUCUAUACGAAUGUGCGCCGAUGGCCAUGGUGUUUGAGAAUGCUGGCGGUCAAGCAGUAGACAGCAAGAUGCAGCGCAUGCUGGAAGUUGUGCCGGAACACAUCCAUGACAGGUCAGGAAUCUUCAUGGGCAGCUAUGACGAGAUUGAGAAAGUCAAGUCAUUCCACAAGUAAAAAUUGAUUUUUGCGUCGGGGCCUGGAUGACGGUUUUAUGUUGCAUGCGUACAUAGAUGCGGUCACUUAGGUUGGCAAUAUGGCCUGAUCAGGGGAGGUUAAAACCCAGUCAUCGGAUAAAUUGUAUUAUUCCAUUGCUUUGGGAUGGGGCCAGGGGGGCGCAUUGAGAAAUGAUACUUCAGGAAGGAGCUUUGAGCGCA